CUUUCAAAGGCGUUAGGGAAGUUGUGCUGGCCCGAAAUUAAAGUGUGAAUUGAUUGAACUUAGAAUUGGACUUGGAAUUUGGAAUUUCCACCAACGACCCGCGAUAUCUUCAACUUUCACCUUUAACAUCGCCGUCUCACCCACCCACCAUGAGUUACGGCAAGAAAGAUGAAGAUGCCGACCUCGGCUUGGUCAAGGUCGAUCGUACUCAAGUAUUCCAAGAAGCUCGAUUGUUCAACAGUUCACCAAUCCAACCACGAAGAUGUCGCAUUCUAUUGACAAAGAUUGCUCUACUCCUUUACACCGGCGAGAAGUUCCCCACGAAUGAAGCCACUACCCUUUUCUUCGGUAUUUCGAAGCUAUUCCAAAAUAAAGAUGCCAGCUUGCGACAGAUGGUUCAUUUGGUCAUUAAAGAGCUUGCCCACUCGGCAGAGGAUAUUAUUAUGGUUACAAGCACUAUAAUGAAAGAUACUGGCGGUAGCACCGAUGCAAUUUACAGACCAAAUGCUAUUCGAGCCUUAUGUCGCAUCAUCGACGCCACAACCGUCCAAUCGAUCGAGCGAGUAAUGAAGACAGCGAUUGUCGACAAGAACCCUUCAGUCUCUUCCGCCGCCCUCGUUUCUUCCUACCAUCUCCUCCCUAUCGCCAAGGAUGUCGUUCGACGAUGGCAAUCCGAAACCCAGGAGGCUGCUGCCUCAACCAAGUCCUCCGGUGGCUUCUCUCUUGGCUUUUCGGGCUCUUCUGCCUCGCUUCCAGUUAAUAACUCGACGAUGACACAAUACCACGCCAUUGGUCUCUUAUACCAAAUGCGAUCUCACGACAGGAUGGCCCUAGUCAAGAUGGUGCAACAAUUCGGCGCUGCUGGUGCUGUGAAGAGCCCUGCUGCUAUCGUUAUGCUAGUCCGAUUAGCUGCACAACUAGCCGAGGAGGAUCACUCGCUCAGGAAACCUAUGAUGCAGCUGCUGGACGGAUGGUUAAGGCAUAAGAGCGAAAUGGUCAACUUCGAGGCUGCUAAGGCAAUCUGCGACAUAAGAGAUGUUACAGACGCCGAGGUCACCCAAGCUGUCCAUGUGCUACAAUUAUUCCUCUCUUCGCCUCGUGCCGUUACCAAAUUCGCCGCCCUCCGAAUCCUACAUAAUUUCGCUUCCUUCAAGCCGCAAGCCGUCAACGUUUGCAACCCCGAUAUCGAGGCGCUCAUUUCGAACAGCAACCGAUCUAUUGCUACGUUUGCGAUCACGACUCUCCUGAAGACUGGUAACGAAGCAAGUGUGGACCGAUUGAUGAAGCAAAUUUCCGGAUUUAUGUCCGAAAUUACGGACGAGUUCAAGAUUACUAUUGUCGAAGCUAUCCGAACAUUAUGCCUGAAGUUCCCUAGCAAGCAAGCAGGCAUGCUUUCAUUCCUUAGUGGCAUACUCCGUGACGAAGGUGGUUAUGAAUUCAAGCGAGCUGUGGUAGAGAGCAUGUUCGAUCUUAUUAAGUUCGUACCGGAUUCCAAGGAAGAAGCUCUUGCCCAUCUUUGCGAAUUCAUUGAAGACUGCGAGUUUACCAAGUUGGCCGUUCGUAUUCUACACCUUCUAGGUCUUGAAGGACCCAAGACCUCUCAACCUACCAAGUAUAUCCGCUACAUUUACAACCGAGUCGUUUUGGAGAAUGCCAUCGUCAGGGCAGCAGCUGUUACUGCUUUGGCCAAGUUUGGUGUAGGCCAGAAGGACCCUGAAGUCAAGCGCAGCGUCGAUGUUCUAUUGACUCGAUGCUUGGACGAUGUGGAUGAUGAGGUUCGUGAUCGUGCUGCGCUCAAUCUCAGAUUAAUGCAUGAGGAUGAUGAUUUAGGGAACCAGUUCAUCAAGAACGAAAACAUGUUUUCUCUGCCAUACUUUGAACACCAGCUUGUCAUGUAUGUAACUUCAGAUGACAAAUCAGCUUUCGAAAACCCCUUCGACAUCAGCCAGAUCCCGGUUGUCACUCGGGAACAAGCAGAUGCCGAAGACCGAACGAAGAAGCUUACCGCGACCACACCGUCGCUCAAGCCACCGAAGACCGGCCCCACCAAGGCGGCACCGACAGGAGCAGAAGCACAAGCUUCGGCUGUUGCAGCUGCCCAGAAGUACGCUCAAGAACUUAUGGCUAUCCCAGAGAUGAAGGAAUUUGGCAGUGUUCUCAAGUCAUCUCCUGUUGUUGAAUUGACUGAAGCCGAGACGGAAUACGUCGUGACCGUCGUUAAGCAUAUCUUCAAGGAACACAUUGUGCUCCAAUAUGAGGUCAAGAACACUCUUGAGGCUACGGUCCUUGAGAAUGUAUCGGUCGUAGCGACCCCCUCCGACGAAGAAGAGCUCGAGGAAGUUUUCAUUAUCCAGGCAGAGAAACUCCCCACAGACGAACCCGGAAAGAUCUACGUGGCAUUCAAGAAAAUCAACGGCGAAGAAUCGUUACCUACGGCUACCUUCUCCAACAUACUCAAGUUUACAAGCAAGGAGAUUGACCCGACAACCAACGAACCUGAGGAGAGCGGCUACGAGGACGAGUACGAGGUGUCUGAUUUUGAUCUGGCGGGUAGCGAUUACGUGAUCCCUACAUUUGCUGGCAACUUCAACCACGUAUGGGAGCAAGUUGGUGCUUCUGGUGAGGAGGCCGAAGAAACGAUGCAAUUAUCGGGUGUCAACAGCAUCGCAGAUGCUACGGAACAACUUGCCAAGGCGCUUUCGCUACAACCUUUAGAAGGCACGGACGUUCCUGUCAACCAGACGACACAUCAACUUAAGCUUCUCGGCAAGACAGUCAACGGUGGAAAGGUUGUUGCGAAUAUUCGGAUGGCAUACUCAUCCAAAUCUGGUGUAACAACCAAGAUUACAGUACGCAGUGAAGAGGAGAACGUAGCAGCCAUAGUGGUGGCAUCCGUCGCGUAAUUAUGAUGGUUUCUGGAAAGGCGUUUCUGCAAAAAAUGAUGAGCGAUGUCCUUUCGGUUUUGAGGGUAUCUUAUGCAUAUUAACUAGAGAAUCGAGGAAAGGGGUCAGGACGGUAGGACUUUUGUAUGAAUCCGACGAGAUACACAGUCCAAGUCCCCAUCCGUGUUUAUAGGGAGAGUAGAGAAGAAUGUAGUGGUAGGGUUUCGACUACCAAAACAAACCGGAAGAGGAACGAAUCCAAGUAUGAAUCAAGCUAACCUAUAAUUUACAAAAGUCCAGAAAUUUCUACGGAUGUCUUUCCUAUAGGAGUGUCACGAGAGCAUCGAAUACCAUUUCCGGUUUUAGCUAAGAUACAGUGGUACUCAGGUGCCUAUCGACAGGGGUGCUACAGGAGUGCUACAGGGGUUAGUGCUAUAUUCUAGGUACCCUUGCACCUAAUUUACACGUCGCAAACGCGAAAAUGAGAGCACAUCAAUCGCGCUAAUUGAGUUAAAAUUCUUGAAAAUGGGUCUGACACAUGCACACCA